GUCAAGUGGGCCGGGCCAGACGGCCAUCUCUUUCAAACCUACACUCUCCUCACCAUUGCGCGCCGCGACUUGUGCGACGGCCUGCCAUCUUGGGGACGCCUACUGAGCCACAUGACGCCGACAACCACGCGCCGCAGCUUGGGCGGCGAGACCAAGCCGGACCCGUACGAGGUGCUGUACAACACGGCGGUGCAGGCGUUUGUGCGGCGCGACCACGCCAAGACGCAGGCGAGCCUGGAAAAGCUCCUCGCCCUCACGCGCAAGCUCCCGCGCGACAGCGCGGCAUGGCACGACCUGGCGGCUGCGGCGCCGAACGGCGAGACGGCCGCCGCCGAGGAGUGGGUGACCAAGACGCUCAAGCUCGCGAUCUCGGCCAACGCCUCGCUCUACUCGGACCCGCCUAAGGCGUUUCAGGCGAUGCCGCACCUCCUGCCCCCCGCCCCGCCGACGAUGAUGCUCGAGUACAUCCGCGACCUGUGCACCAAGACGUACGGGCAGGCGCUGCUGCCGCCGCAGCUCGUCAGCACGGUGCUGUUGGCCGCGUUGAAGCUGCGCCCGGCCGAGCCCGCCCUGGCGUUUGCCCACCAACUGGCAGAGGACUGGCUCACCGCCCUGCCAGACAAGUUUGUGCUGGCGAUCGCGCAGCCGCACCAGGGGGGAAACAGCGCGGCUGCGAGCGCGGCGCGCAAGCGUACAGACGCUGCGCGCGAAGGAUACCUCAAAGUCGUGGAGCUGUUCGUCGGCGAAGUGCUGGGCCGCGAGGGGGAGUGGGAGAUGGCGCGCGGUCUUCUCGAAGGCGAGAUGGUCAUGGGGUCCAAGAAGAAGGAAGUAUUGUAUCGCCACCUGCGGCAGUUGGAGCAGCAGCGCUCUGUGCCACCCUCGCCGAGCAGCUCUGGCUUCCUCCCCUCGCCUGCGAGCGACACGACGACUGGGGACGGGAAGCGGCGCAGCCGCGCACUCUCGGCGGCGUCGACGUCGUCGAGCGAAGCGACGGCGCGCCCCGCUGGCGGCGUCGCGGGCCCCAGCACGCGGCAAGUGAAGGGCAAGGAGCGUGCGCACGCGCACGAAAGCGAGGGCGGGGACUCGACGAUCCUGCCGCCCAAGUCGGAGGCGACGGCCGUGCCCACAAAGGUGUACGUGCACCACCCGCCGCGCGCGCCGACGCCGACGCCGCCGACGGACGAGCGCGCGCUGUGGCUGCGCACGACGAUGCGCCUGCUCCCCCCCACGCUUGCGCUGCGCUUGGAAGCGCUCGCCGCGAGCGGCUGGCUCGUCCCCGCCCUCCUUCCCAUUCCGGCUGCGAUUGUUAUUGCGCUCUUUGCGAUCCAGCGCCGCCGCCGCCGCGCCACCGGCCACGAGGUCAUGGGCGUGCGCGAGCGUCUCCGCCAGGUCCGCAUGCAUGGCCUCAGGCCGUGGCUUGCGUACUGGUUCCGCUGGUGGGUCGAGAAGCUCAAGGGCGUGUGGAACCUCGGCACGACUAUCACGUACAUGUAGGGUAAUGAAGGCGAGUGUGUGGCUGGAUGCGGGGGGUGCACUGAUGCAGCGUUGACACAGCGUGUGUUGACAGUGGCCCAUGGCCCAUGGCCCAUGGCCCCGUGGGCGUCCCGUACGCUUCUG